CUUCCCGAGCCCUGUUGGUCUGGGCCCGAGGCGGACGAGCGCGUGCUUCCCCAGGUCCAACCCGGCUACGUUCUCCCAUCCUACUCACGCCUUGUCCUGUGGCGGGGCCUGCUGAAUAGCACCAUUGGAACCGCCGCUCAUGUCAUCGGAUCAAGACAUCAAUCAGGUCCCUAUCCAGGACCUGACCCCGGAGCAGGCUAGCCAUAUCAUACACUCCCAUCGCAAAGUUCGCUAUGGUACGGCCUGUUGGCCAUGCAGGCAGCGGAAGGUGAAGUGCGACAACAAGCAACCUUGCGAGAACUGCGUCAAGAGGGAGCAUCCGCAGCUGUGCUCCUAUAAGCCCAACCGCUCGAGCGCUUCCAAGCAGACGUCCGUACCCGAUAGUAGCCAGGGGAAGAAGAGACCCCACUCGCCCGAUGAUAGCAUCAGCAAUGGCCAAGGUAGUGAUCAUCAGCCCGAGGGGUGGCCCCAGACGUUAGAUGAGCCCGACACUGUAGAAAUGUCGCGUUACGUGGGCCAGAACAGCAUCCCUGCCUUAUUACGCGACCAGCCGUCGCCCAUAGAGACCAAGGACGGCGUCGACAUACGUCGCGAUAUGCGUCCGAUCCUGGGGCUCGACAACUCGGCCCCGUUCCCGCUGAUGUCGUCGAAACACCUAGACCGCCUUACCCAGGAUAUAUUCACCGAGCUUCCCUCCGACAGAGAAGUGAUGAUUCUGUUUAGAGCGUACAAAGAGAUUACGCAUCCGUUCUGGGGGUUUGUCAUCGAUAUCGACGAUCUCGAAUCUCGCAUCAUGAUAUAUCUCGAAGAGCGAGCGAAAGCAGCUAGGGAGCACAACAAGUCGAAUCGGCCCGUCUCCGCAUCGUGGCUGGCCAUACUCUUCUCCGUCAUGGCCGUCGGCUCGCAGUAUCGCGACUCGCCAUACCACAUCCGCACGAGGGAUGCCCAGAGAUAUGUCCAGAUCUCGUUCCACUUCCUUCGCCUAGGAAACUUCCUUCUUCGGCCAAAUCUUGAUUCCAUCCAAGCGCUCCUCCUUACCGGAUUCUGCCUCCUGAACGACAUGAAGGCCGAAGCGUCUUGGGCCUUGAUCGGCAUGACUUGUCGAUUGGCACAGUCUCUCGGGCUUCAUCGCGCGACUGGGCAGGAAGAUAACGGCUCAAGUGAGAUGACGUUGAAAACAUACGUGCGGCGCAAGCUGUGGUGGACUUGUCAAUGGCACGACACGUUGACUUCGCUAUCUUUCGAUCGUCCGAACAUGACGAACAUCCAAUGCUGCCCUAUCCCGGUAUCUCCUAGCUCUAGCGUCGAGGGCUUCUCGUAUCUCGAGGUGAUGUAUCACCUCUGCCAGCUCAUUUCGCAGAGAUUAAAUCCAGACGCGACGACUGAAUAUUCCUACCAGACGAUUCUCGACAAUUGCCGAGCCAUCGAGUCUCUUCGCGAGAGAGUAUAUCCUCAACUACGCAGCAAAGAAGCCUGCAAGAGUGUGGUCGACAAGUUGCAACAUUAUGCGAUACGGCUUCAUACUGCUUUCGUGGUUUCCGUGUGCUGCCGGCCAGCCCUCCGCCGGGAUUGCGCGCAACUAGGGCCCGCUGAGAAGAAGGCUCUGGCCGAAAAAUGCAAGGAUAAUCUAACCGAAACUGUCCGGAUGUUUCUGUCCAUGCACCAACUGUCCUUUAUCCCAACGCGCAGCUGGGCUUUCACUUACCAUGGACUCUCCUCCGCCGUUCUCCUUGGGAUACUGUGCGAAACGAAACUAGAUCCCGAGGUUAGGCAGCUCCAAGGCGAUCUCAUCUCGGCUCUAUCGGCCGCGGCAGCCAAGGAGCAGACGAGUCCUGCUCCCGACCAUAUUCCCAAAAUUGACCGUGAUAUCGAAUUAUCCGGUCCUCUCGAGAGAGCACUAACAGCCCUUAGAAACAUAUAUGAUUAUGGGUCUCUUCAUGGAGCUUCGGCGAUCAAGAGCGAGAGCGCCUCGGGUACUCGAACGCCUACCGGAGCAGCCCUCCCGCAAAGCCACCAAAAUGUUGGCCAUCAGUUCCGGAUUCAGCCUGGGUUUGAUAGACAUCAGGACGCCGCUCUUGCUAUGGCGGAGCUACAAAAUGGGAAUAGUCUGUCGGACUUCCCAACAAGCAUGUCUUACCAGGCGCCGAUGCAGCCAUCCGUCGCGAUUCCGGAUCUAAGUCAGCUGGAUCCCGCGACGUUGGCACCGAUGGAGCUCUACGAUUCCAUCUUCUGGGAAUCGCCAGACCCUUUCUACACCGGUGCCGACAUGAACUUCGACUUCCUCCCCCAGGCGCCUCCGGGGCAAUCACAACACCAAUUUCAUUUCUAAUCGAGUUGCGAGGCAAACGCUGCCAUGUAAACAGCCUCCGCUACUUUGGCGCUACCUUGGACUUCUUCCACAGGGGACUUGCGACCGCGAUAGCGGUGGGAUUCUUCUUUGAAAUUUUGAUUCGCAAAAAAGUACUCGUCUCAAACCCGUUUAAGCGUAGUUGGAGUUUAUUCUUGUUUUUAUAUAGGUAUAUAAUCAAGGGGAUCACGACAUGGUGUCAAUGAUCGGUAGCUACGAAGUAAUGUUUCUGCCCUCCGUCAGAUAUCCAUAUUUAUUGCCGGCGUUUAUAUAUACCUACCUACCUAUGCU